GAAGAUGGAAUAACAUUUAUUAAUUCAUGGGAACAGAAUUUAUUGGAUCAAAAGAUUAUGGAAUCCGAGUUUUUAACAAAACAAACUGCUGAUGGCCUACUAGUGACAAUGAAAUCAACCAUUGAACUAGCGAAAUAUUUACUACAGUCUGGAUUUCCAUAUGUGUUAUCGAAUAAAAUGAUCCAAGAUAGAUUAGAACAAUUUUUUGGAAUGGUUUGUCAGGCAUCAGGUCCAAACGAUCAUCCUAGUUCUCUAACAUUUAUACAUAUCUAUAAGAUAUUAUCGUCAUAUUCCAUUUUGAAGCCACCAAAAUCUGGAAACUGUACUAUUUUAGAAACAUCAUCACCUAAAAUUACAUCAUCUGAAAUUAAACAAAUUGUUGAUACAGAUUCAUCUGAAAGGGAAGCUAAAAUAAGAAAUUUAUUCUUAUUCUUUAUUCUUCAACCACACAAGAAGCAACUUUUACAAAUAUGA